UGGAGUUGCCAGUUUUAUCCCUCAGUUGCAGCAUAGUGAACUACAGAUAAAGUGUGUGUUUAGUCGAGAAGAUACCAGGAUAACUCGCCAGUACUAGAGACUACACUCUCUCUGCUCUUGCGUGGAUUUGGAUUAUAUGUACAACAUGACAUUUGAGGAACUAAGUGGGGAUUACUCUCAAGAAAGAAUGGAUUCGGUGGCGAAAGCUUUGGAAGAGGUCCUCGCCUCUGCCUUACCGCAGGGCUGCAUCACUGUCGGAGUGUAUGAGGCUGCCAAGUCCCUCAAUGUGGACCCUGAUAAUGUGGUUCUGUGCAUCCUGGCCACUGAUGAUGAAGAUGUGAAAGAUGUGGCCCUGCAGAUCCACUUCACCCUCAUACAGGCUUUCUGCUGCGAGAACGACAUCAACAUCCUGAGAGUCAACAACACCCGGCGCCUGGCAGAAAUGUUGGGUGGAGGAGGAAAACAGAGCGGGGGGGAACCUAUGGACCUGCACUGCGUCCUAGUCACUAGCCCUCAUUCGACAUCAUGGAAGGACCCUGCUCUGACCAAAGUGAACCGGUUCUGCAGGGAGAGCCGCUGCAUGGACCAGUGGGUUCCCAUCAUCAACCUGCCCGAGCGAUGAACUUUGAGCAUGGACACCCUGAGGAAGGACUUGUAUCUGCACAGUAAGCGUGGUGUGAGCCCUGAUGGACACAUUGCCACCCAGAGAUCAAAUUCCAAAGCACUGCUGAUGGGGAAAGAAGAAGACAAAGACUCUGGCGUCUUUAUGGGAUGUAUUUAAAAGAAGAAGAAAAAAGCCGGGGGAUGGACUGUUUGGAGCUGCUUCUGUCAGCCUUGAAGACGAGACGGAGGAAGCACUUGUGUCGUCAUGAGGUGGACGUUUCAAAAAGCACGGACACUUCCUGUCCUCGAGGAUCCUAUCAUGUCUGUGUGGUGAAGCCUCUGAUCCGAGUCAGAGAGAGGAGGGUCUGUGGAGUGGACGAGGCCUCUCUGCAGAAACAAAGCACUUGUUGAAACACUGGACCUUUUUAUGCAAUUUCACUUAUUUCAUUCAAAUAGUAAAUGUUGACGUUGCUAUUGUCCUAUUUAAAAAAAAAAAGAAAAAAGGGAAGGGCUCCACAUCCAGUGAAGACACUGUGUGUACUUCCUAUGCCAGCUGUUUUAUUGGCACAAGUACAAAUAAUUAUUUUCUUACAAUAUAAGUUAUUUCUAAUGAUAUUUAAAUGUAUUUAUGUUCCUUUUUUUUACUUUGCAAAAUCUGAAUACAUAUGUAUUGCUGUCAAUAAAAAAGUAUUUCUUU